AUGUUGCAAAACUAAUAAACAAUAUUAAACGAAUCAUUCCAUUUUACCAACCUACAAUAGUUUUCUCCUAUUUAUUAAGAAUUUCUUAAGAUCUUUAAUUCUAAUGCUUUAGAAAAGCUCUAAAAUUCAAAUUCUCUUGGUUAACAUAUAAAAACAGAAACAAGUCUCAAAAAUUAGGAUUCUCAAUCCAGUAGUCCUACUUAGAUUCAUUAAACUAAAAAAAAAUGUCUUAAUAGAAAUACUCUCUACCCUAAAUAAUUGUAACAAAAGAUAAGUUGUUAAAAUAAUAAUUGUUAGAAUAAAAGAAAAAAAUUAAAUGAAACUUAGAUUAAUGGUCAAACUAUCCUAUUAUGUAAUAGAUGUUUAAACAAUUUUAACUCAAAUAACUAUUGUGAAUAUUGUAUUCAAGUAAUAUAAUUAUCAAUUAUUUAAGAUAUAUGAUCCCACUCUUGGAUAUGAAAUGGACGAUAAACAAUGGAUUAUGUGUGAAAAAUGCAAUAGAUGGGUAAAUUUUAGUAUUUAUACUUAUAGAAUCAUGUUGAAUGUGAAUAGUCUUAAGGAAAGUAGAAUUUGAUCAAAAUUACAUAUUAAACAUAAUAUCUAUGUUCCUAAUGUCAUAAAAAGAUAAAAUAAAAACCAAAGUCAAAUUUAAUCAAAGAUACUUUUGAAGAUCAAGAACUUUUCAAUUCUAAAACUAGAUAACCCUUAACAAUAAUUAAAUUAACUAAUAAAGAAAUUUUGGAAGAUAUUUCUCUUUUGAGAACUCUAAUAUUUGAUGAGAAGUUAAAAAAAGUGAAAAUAGAAUUGAAUUAAUGA